AUGUCUUCUGGAAUGCCCCUAGACAUUUCAUAGCUGAAUACUGAUGAUGUCUAGGCAAGAUAAUCAAAGAUGCCAGUGCAUUCUGCAGCAAAGAGAUCAAAUCGUCGCUAAGUUUAAGAAUCUCCUGAUGAUUUUGAUGACCGAGCAAAGGCAAACGCAUCUCAAGUAACAAAACUACAUGAGUUCCGUCGAGAAAACAUCAGAGAACUCGAAGCACCUACUAGAGACUAUUUCAAGUAUGACCCUAAUGAAAAAAGGAGAUAUGAUGCCCUUAAGGUAGAAACUCUAUUCAAAUUCUAAAGCACUUAUAAAGCAAUAAAAUGGGGAAUCGUUGUAGGUUCAAUGUUUGCCUUUCACAGAUAUUUCAGAACUAGAGACUUGAAUGCAGCUGCUCAUUGGUUCACUGUAAUGUCUUUUGUCAGCUUCUUCAACAUAUGGGUUUCGUAUGGAUUACAAGAAUUUGUUACUGAAUAUGGAAGUAGAAAAUCCUUAUCAUUAGCUGCUAGAAAUGAGUAUCAUACUAAUGCCUAUAAAUCUUAUUUGAACAAUCUUCAGUACAAUGUUAAAUCGUUAGAUGAUAAAGUUCAACCAGUUCUUCAUAAUAGCUAGGCCUUAGCUCUAAAUGAUUUCAUAUCUAACUAUGAUAACUAUAUAAAGGACAGAUUUGUAACUAAAGAGCUUACAAAGGAUGAGCUAUUUAACAAUCUGGUCUAGAAAUCACAAAAGAAUCCAGAUAAAUUUACUGAAAGCUAGUUAAUACAAAUUCAAGUCUUAAGGAAGGAUCAAUACUCAAAAUAGUUAAUAAAACAAGUGGAAGAUGGACCAGCUUUAAAAGAACUAAUAUAGCAAGUCUUUGAUAAUAUAGAUGCAGUUGAUCUCAAGAGCUUCAACUUUGACAAAGAUCCAGAUUCGUCUUUUAGAUCAUUAUUAUGA